AUUUAGGCACCCUACCACGAAUAUGAGAACUUGAGGACGCGCCUACCAAAAUAGACGACUGGCAAACAACGUGACCUAAGAAAAAAAAAACAAGACGCUGACAUCCGGCAAACCAAAUCCGGAGAAGGAACCAUGAACGCGUUACGUGGUUAUAUACGCGAGGGAAUCAAUGUGGCCUGCAUUAUGGGCGCAGGCGAUAUGCUUGCUCAGAUGGGCAUACAGAAGAAAUCGAUUAGUGAGUGGGACGCUGGACGCACAAUUCGCUUCAGUGCUUUGGGGCUGCUGCUGGUGGGUCCCGUAAUGCGCAAGUGGUAUGGUACAUUAGAGACGUUGGUAAAAAAGGAUCAGCCGCCUAUAAUGCGAGGUAUUAAGAAGAUGCUUUGGGACCAGGUUUGUUUUGCGCCGCCUUUUACACUGGCAUUAUCGUUUUUGGUCCCGUUCGUAAACGGUGAAAACACCGAUGUCAUUAUUGAACGCAUCAAGGACAAAUAUUUCUUCAUCUUAAGCCGGAAUUACAUGCUCUGGCCGCCAUCGCAGAUCAUCAAUUUCACAUUCGUGCCCCUGAACUACCAGGUGAUAUUUGUGCAGUGUAUUGCACUCCUAUGGAAUUGUUAUCUAGCUCUAAUACUCAACAAGGAUUAGAGAGGUACAUCAGCCAGAUCAGCACUAGCACGUGGAACAAAUACAUAUGUGUGUACAUACAGUGACGAACAAAAUUAUUGGCACAGUUGGCAUGUCUGACUUUCGCACAGUGUUUCUCCAUGAAAUAUGGUGAUAUUUAAAUAAAACAAAUUUUAUUCAUAUACAUUGAUCAAUUUCCUACUAAAA